GCUGAAAGACCGCGAGAAGAGAUUUCGCUCGGCUUCUCUGGUGGCGGGAGUUUCAGAGGGAUUAAGCUCCCAGAAUUUGAGUUCGCUUCUGAGGGAAUAAGAAGAGACUGAGGAGAAGAGGAGUUUUACUUCACGGCUAAUGUAUACUUGAGCACGACAGAAGGCUUGGUUGUCUCGCUGACCUGCGUUUUAGCACAGCUUUCGCGGGGUUGAUUCUCGGAAUGGAAACAACUGUGUUAAAUGAACCUGUAUCACUAUGCUCUACUCCAGAAACCAGUGAUCAGAAAAGCUGCAGCUCCUCAGAGAAACAGCCAAUGAGUUCAACCCUUCGAGAACGUUUGAAGAAAGCAAGACGGUCAUUUCAUUCAACUUUAAUUGUACCAAAGCGCCUUAAAAUAGACGAAGAAAACAACUGCAGUAGUACUUGCAAAGAAGAGUCUUUGCCUAAAGGAGAAUCAUAUUGUAUUUCACAAAGCAAAGAUGAAGAUUUGGAAAAAGUUCCUGAUGAAACCAGUCAUUUGAAAAGUACAAUACAAGAGAGGGAUCUCUGUAUGUCUGAAUGUACUGGGUAUAGUAAGAAUGCACAGGGUUCUACAGAAGUCCUUUUGUUGGGAAAAGAUGACAGGCUGUGGGAAUUGAUGGAAGAAAAGGCAACAUUGGUAAAACAGGUCCAGGAAAAGGAGGAACUUCUUCGAAGGCUCAAACUGGUCAAGAUGUACAGAUCAAAGAACAACCCAACAGAGCUUCAAUCUCUAAUAUCAAAAUGGCGAAGCAGUUCUCAAAUGAUGCUAUAUGAAUUACAAAUGGCCCUAGCUACGGAUAACCAGAAAUUAAGCAUUACCCAGUUGAUAGACAACUUUGGACUGGAUGAUCAACUGUUACAUUAUAACAGAACAGAAGAAGAUUUUACAGAUGCAGAGUAACACAUUUCUUGAUUUCAGCCUUGGAAAGAUAAACUUCUGUAUUGUAUCACUGUACUGCUGUGAAUUCCGCCUGGUUUUCACAUGGAAAAUAAUCCCUUUUUUUGGCAAAACUUGCUUAAAAUGUGAAAAAAUGACUAUAUUGUUACAGAUUAUAUAUUUUCUGGCAAAAGGUGUCUAUUUUUGCAGUCACCAAUGAAAUGUUUCUUUUUAAAAAAAUAUAUACAUGCAAACUUUAAUUGUGCAGGGAAUUGGGGCACCUUCUAUUUCUUGAUGAAUAUGACAGUAUAGUUUCUAAACACAUUUUCCUCUUACAUUAAUUUUAAAAAGCGUAUCAGGAAACUGCACGUAGAUUCCACACCCUUUUUUAUUGAAUAAAUAAUUCUUUGUCUCUCCUCCACCCCAAAAUUCUACACAGGAAAUGGCUAAAAUGAACCCAAAUCCUUUAACAGUAUUUUAUCACCAUUUAAGCCAACAUAAAACAUGGAUUUUACUCGCUGGCUCAUUCAAUGGCCUUUCAUAAUAAGUAUGCCUAUGGUUGAGGUAUACAAUUAAUGUGUAUGUUAUACUGCCUAACUACUCAAAGACUAUGAGGAUCAAGAGGUGAUUCUGUUGCCUACUCAGUACACUUUCAAGACUCUUGUGUCUAGGAUCUGUAGUUGCAUGUUUUUGUCUUAAAGUCUUCCCUACAAAGCUGCUUCUGUUCUCAUUCUAGUUUCAAUUUUGUUCUUUGAAAAGCAGGAGUGCUUGAUUCCAGCUGACAAAAUUUACCAUGACAACAGGAAAUAUGAACUCUUUAAAUUUAUUCUAUUAUAACAUGCAUAGGCCUAAAACCAACUAUAGUUGAUCCACAGAAUGGGAACUCAGUAAGUUAACAUUCAGGUUUGAUGAAGUGAAUCUACUUCAGUUGGAACUAACAAUUAGAAUUAAGCUGUAUGAGAAUCUAAAUGAAGUAUAACACAUCUAUAAGGCUGCAGUGAGAUAUGAAGUGAUAUUAAAAAGGGGAAGAAAGACCUCACUUUCUUGCAGUCUC